AUGGCGGACACCGAACUCGGCUCUGAGCCGACCCAAUCCAUUGAAAUGCCUGAGAAACCCUUCGAGACCCCCGACGUAUCUCCUACAGUACCAAACUCCGACGAGCCAACACUACCCGAGCAGACCGAACCACAAGAACCAAACCGGAAGGACGACGAGGAAGUAGCCGAAGGCCACGAGGAUGAAGAAAAGCCAGAGGUGCCGCCCAAGGACGAGCGUGAACACGCUGAACAAGAUCCCCAAACAGACGGCCCGCCUACGAUUCAGGAACCCCCCCGGGAGGACAACAAUGUGACAGAAAGCAGGCUGCGAUCGGAUUCACGGUCAACAACUGCUACGUUUAUGACGCAGCGAUCUAGCCCGGUUAGCUCGACGGUCUUUAUUGUGACGGCUCUGGACAAUAUCGCUGCUUCGCGGGACGCCCGGAGGGACAAAAAGCUGGAGGAUGCCACACAGGUGGCCCUGGCCAAUAUCAGGCAACCCGAUGGGCAAGCAAUUGAUCCGGAGCUUAUCUUCCGUCCUCUGCAUCUGGCAAGCAAAGCCCUCAGCAUUCCUCUGCAGCGUGCUAUCGAUGCGAUCUGCGACUGCUUCGAGAAUGAAGCCACGGCGGUUGAGAUCCAACAGCAGAUCAUCAAAUCCCUGUUGGCAGCUGUCCUGAACGAUAAGAUCGUGGUGCAUGGAGCUGGUCUCCUGAAAGCCGUCCGCCAAAUUUACAACAUCUUUAUCUACUCCAAAUCCAGUCAAAAUCAACAGAUCGCUCAGGGGUCGCUCACACAAAUGGUCAGCACAGUCUUUGAUCGAGUACGGACCCGGAUGGACCUUAAAGAGCUCCGAGUACGAGAGCUGGAAAAGCCAUCCUCGACCCUCGAUGCAUCGGCGAGUGAUGUGGGCCAAACCUCGGAGACGGCUUCCAUACCUGUGGCUGAUCAGCCCAUAACCAAAGAGCCCACAGCCGAGAAGCUCACCCUACAGAGUUUUGAGUCGCCUAAGGAGGUUACCACUGUCAACGACAAUGCGCCGACUACAGUCACGCGCGCCAAGCGGUCAACAACGAGGUCGAUGUCGGGCAUCCCCGAGGAAAAAGAUGAUGAUAGCUCGGCCGAGGACGAUGUGGAUGAGAUUUAUGUCAAGGAUGCUUUUUUGGUUUUCCGAGCGCUCUGCAAGUUGAGCCAUAAAGUUCUGACUCACGAGCAGCAGCAGGAUGUCAAAUCCCAGAACAUGAGGUCAAAGCUACUUUCGCUGCACUUGAUUCACUAUCUCAUCAACAACCACACCGCAACCUUUAUAUCCCCCUUGGCAGCAAUCAAGAACAGCUCAUCCAGCUUGGAUGGAAUGAAUCUCCUUCUAGCUGUACGGCCUCAUUUGUGUCUAAGUCUAAGUCGCAAUGGUUCUAGCGCCGUGCCUCAUGUCUUCAAAGUUUGCUGUGAGAUUUUCUGGCUGAUGCUGAAGGACAUGAGAGUCAUGAUGAAAAAAGAACUAGAGGUGUUCUUGAAAGAAAUUUAUCUGGCCAUUCUCGAGAAGCGCGGGGCUCCUGCGUUCCAAAAGCAGUACUUCAUGGAGAUUCUGGAGAGGCUAGGUGGUGAUCCACGGGCUCUGGUUGAAAUCUAUCUCAAUUACGACUGUGACAGAACCGCGUUGGAGAAUAUAUUCCAAAAUAUCAUUGAGCAAUUGUCCCGGUACUCGAGUGUGCCGGUUGUAACAACACCUUCUCAGCAGCAUCAGUACCAAGAACAACACACUAAAAUGUCAGCCAUUGGUUCUGAAUGGCACCAUCGAGGAACUCUUCCUCCUUCGUUGACAAGUGCCCACAUUAUCCCCACUCCGCCGCCCUCGAUGCCUCACAUUCCAUCGGAGUACGGAUUGAAGCAGCAGGGUCUGGAGUGUCUUGUGGAGAUACUGCGCUCACUGGAUAACUGGGCCACACACCGCAUAGAUGAACAGCCCGAGGCAGCCAUCCCCUCUAAAUCGAUGGACAACUCCCGUGAGUCCUUGGAUACAAGCGUGUUUGUUUCACCGCAUCCUGAGUCCUUCGAGAGUGGGACGGGCCAGUCCACACCUAUGCCCGAAGAUGACCCAAACCAAAUUGAAAAAGUCAAGCAAAGAAAAAUUGCUCUCACAAAUGCCGUCCAACAAUUCAAUUGGAAGCCCAAGCGUGGCAUCAAGGCCUUCCUGAAAGAAGGCUUCAUCCAAUCCGAGUCUCCUGAAGACAUUGCCAGCUUCAUGCUUCGCACAGACCGCAUUGACAAGGCCAUGCUGGGAGAGUAUCUUGGUGAGGGAGACCCUGAAAACAUUGCCAUUAUGCAUGCUUUUGUCGAUCUGAUGGAGUUCACGAAGCGACGUUUCGUUGAAUCCCUGCGCUCGUUCUUGCAGCAUUUCCGCCUCCCUGGUGAAGCCCAAAAGAUCGAUCGGUUUAUGCUGAAGUUUGCCGAACGGUAUACAACUCAAAACCCCAAUGCCUUCGCCAAUGCUGAUACCGCGUAUGUGCUUGCGUACUCGGUGAUUCUACUUAACACAGAUCAGCACAGUUCGAAAAUGAAGGGCCGCCGUAUGACCAAGGAGGACUUCAUCAAGAACAACCGCGGGAUCAAUGACAACCAAGAUCUGCCACCCGACUAUCUUGGGGCCAUUUAUGAGGAGAUUGGAAGCAAUGAAAUCGUGCUAUACACCGAGCAGGAACAUGCUGCCAACCUCAACCCUCAGCCCCCCGCUCCAACUGGCCUUGCCACACGAGCUGGACAGGUAUUUGCUACCGUUGGACGAGACAUCCAGGGUGAGAAAUACGCACAGGCUUCUGAGGAAAUGGCGAACAAGACAGAACAACUCUAUCGUUCCCUCAUUCGAGCCCAACGCAAGACAGCAGUUAAAGAUGCGCUUUCGCACUUUAUUCCCGCAACAUCAGAUCGUCAUGUUGGGUCAAUGUUCAACGUCACAUGGAUGUCUUUCCUAUCUGGUCUGUCUGCGCCGAUGCAGGACACGUCGAACCUCGAAACCAUCCGGCUCUGCAUGGAGGGACUCAAACUGUCCAUCCGGAUCAGCUGUGCCUUCGAUCUAGAGACUCCUCGUGUGGCAUUUGUGACUGCCUUGGCGAAGUUCACUAACCUUGGAAACGUGAGGGAAAUGAUGGCCAAAAAUGUCGAGGCCCUGAAAGCCUUGCUCGACGUCGCCUUCACCGAGGGCAACCACCUCCAGGGCUCGUGGAGGGAUGUUUUGACAUGUGUCAGUCAACUUGAUCGGCUCCAACUCUUGAGUGAUGGAGUCGAUGAGGGAUCGCUGCCCGAUGUUUCAAGGGCACCUUCAUCAGCAGAUACCUCCCGCAGAUCUAUGCAAAGUACACGACGUGCUCGCCCUCGCUCUGUGAAUGGGCCAACCGCUUUCCGCCCAGAAAUUGCCAUAGAGAGCCGUUCGGCAGAUAUGAUUCGUGGCGUGGACCGUAUCUUCACCAACACUGCCAAUCUGUCGCAUGAGGCCAUUAUCGACUUCGUUCGGGCCUUGAGCGAGGUCAGCUGGCAAGAAAUUCAAUCUUCCGGUCACACCGAUUCGCCCCGAACCUACAGUUUGCAGAAGCUCGUCGAGAUCAGUUACUACAACAUGACUCGUGUCAGGAUUGAGUGGUCUAAGAUUUGGGAUGUUUUGGGUCAGCACUUUAAUCAAGUUGGCUGCCACUCUAAUACCAUGGUUGUCUUCUUCGCCUUGGAUUCGCUCCGGCAACUUUCGAUGCGCUUCAUGGAGAUUGAGGAGUUGCCUGGUUUCAAGUUCCAAAAGGACUUCCUUAAGCCUUUCGAGCAUGUGAUGGCAAACAGCACUACUGCUGCUGUCAAGGACAUGAUUCUGCGGUGUCUGAUCCAGAUGAUUCAGGCCCGUGGAGACAACAUCCGUUCGGGAUGGAAGACCAUGUUUGGCGUCUUCACGGUUGCAGCACGGGAACCCUAUGAGGGAAUCGUAAACAUGGCUUUUGACCAUGUCACCCAAGUCUACAACACCAGAUUUGGCGUAGUGAUCACCCAAGGUGCCUUUGCAGAUCUCAUCGUAUGUCUGACUGAAUUCUCGAAGAACUCCAAGUUUCAAAAGAAAUCGCUACAGGCAAUUGAGACCCUCAGAUCGACCGUCACCAAAAUGCUACGGACUCCAGAAUGUCCCUUGUCACACCGUGGUGCCUCGGCGGCCACCUUCCAAGACAAUGGAACCAAUCUUGCUAAACAACUUACCCGUCAAUCGCAAGAAGAGCAGUUCUGGUAUCCGAUUCUCAUCGCAUUCCAGGAUGUACUUAUGACGGGGGAUGAUCUCGAAGUCCGCUCGCGGGCACUCACAUACCUCUUCGAUACCCUAAUUCGACACGGUGGCGAUUUCCCCAGGGACUUUUGGGAUGUCCUCUGGAGACAGCUCCUCUGCCCGAUUUUCGUGGUCCUACAGUCUAAGUCUGAAAUGUCCAAGGUUCCGAACCACGAGGACCUUUCGGUUUGGCUGUCCACGACAAUGAUACAAGCGCUACGGAACAUGAUUACCCUGUUCACGCACUAUUUUGAUGCCUUGGAGUACAUGCUGAGCCGCUUCUUGGAACUGCUGACAUUGUGCAUUUGUCAAGAAAAUGACACGAUUGCACGAAUUGGCAGCAACUGCCUGCAACAGCUGAUUUUGCAGAAUGUUGCAAAGUUCAAGCAGGAGCACUGGUCCCAGAUUGUUGGGGCAUUCGUGGAGCUCUUCAGCAAAACGACCGCUUAUGAACUUUUCACGGCUGCUGUCUCGAUGUCUAAGCCAGCAGAGGUAGUCAACGGGGACCUCACGCAGUCUCCAGAUGCUGCUGUAGCGACAAGAGACUUGCCUGAUGCGUUGCAGCCUAACGGAUCCCAAAGCACAUCUUCUCUCCAUGAAGGUGGAGAUCCUCCUGUCCAAAGUGAAGCCCGCGCCGAAUUAGAAGACUAUCGCCCUCAGUCAGACCAGCAGCAACCUGCGGCUAUCACUGCAGCUCGGCGUCGUUACUUCAACCGCAUCAUCACGAACUGUGUUCUGCAGCUGCUCAUGAUUGAAACGGUCCACGAACUUUUCUCGAACGAAAAUGUCUAUGCACAGAUCCCCAGUGGUGAGCUCCUCCGGCUCAUGGGGCUGCUGAAAAAGAGUUAUCAGUUCGCGAAGAAGUUCAACGAGGAUAAGGACUUGCGGAUGCAACUCUGGCGCCAGGGAUUCAUGAAGCAACCUCCUAAUCUAUUGAAGCAGGAGAGCGGCAGUGCCUCCACCUAUGUGCAUAUUCUCUUCCGAAUGUAUCACGACGAGCGAGAGGAAAGACAGAGCAGUCGCGCAGAGACUGAGGCUGCACUCAUUCCACUCUGUGCGGACAUUAUUCGUAGUUUCGUCCGCCUCGAAGAGGACACCCAGCACCGCAACAUCGUCGCUUGGCGUCCGGUGGUGGUCGAUGUGAUUGAUGGAUAUACCAACUUCCCGCAAGAUGGCUUUAAUAAGCAUAUCGAGACCUUUUACCCGCUCGGAGUUGAGCUUCUGAGCCGUGAUCUCAACCCGGAGAUUCGCGUUGCCCUCCAGUCUCUACUGCGCCGGAUCGGCGAGGUCCGACUAGGCAUUGCUCCGCCCAAUCCCCUGGACGUCCCCAUUAGCCCGCGCAGCUCCGUCUCCCAAAAAGCCUCGCGCCGCGAUAGCCAGGUCUGA